AGCAGCGUUUAAACAGCUGCGCCUCCGACACGGUGCAAUCUGGGGCUGCAGCUCCACCAAGGACGCCAACAUGUUCGUGCAGAAGGUGAUGCUGUACGUGUCCACGGCUUACAUGUUCUGCUUCCUGAUGACGGUCAACGUGGGCCUCAGCAUCCUGCACUUCAUCUCGCCGAGCCUCGCCAAGAAGAUGAUCCUCAAAAUGGGUGAAAAGACCACCAUGACCCAGAAUCCCAAAUUUAAGUACGAGGACUGGGGUCUCACCAUGAUGUCCUCCACCUUCGUGAAAUCGGCCUGCCACCACAUGUGGCUGUCUCUGGGUCAGGAGGCGUUCAAAGGCCACCCUGCUCCGGACUCACCUGUGUUCACCAUGAAGGGAGAGAAGUCGAGCAUCAGCAAGUUCGUCAAAGGCAACAGACCGCUGGUGCUGAGCUUCGGAAGCUGCACCUGACCCCCGUUCAUGUACAAACUUGAGGAGUUCAAGCAACUCGUCAAGGACUUCAGCGAUGUCGCGGACUUCCUGGUGGUCUACAUCGCCGAGGCGCAUUCAACAGAUGGUUGGGCCUUCACCAACAACAUCGACAUCAACCAGCACCAGAGCCUGGAGGACCGGCUGUCCGCGGCCCAGAUCCUGCUCCGUGAGGAACCCCUGUGUCCCGUGGUGGUGGAUGACAUGAGCGACGCCACCUCCAUCAAGUACGGAGCUCUGCCCGAGAGGCUGUACGUGCUGCAGGCCGGCAAAGUGGUCUACAAGGGAACAGAGGGGCCUUGGGGCUACAGUCCACCCGAGGUCAGAUCCUUCCUGCAGAAGAUGAAAUAAGAAGCUUGUUAAAUGGAAUUGAGCCACGUUUAAUGCCGUCUAUACCAGCCUUAUAUGGAGGAUCGGGGGGUUCUUUAGGGCGUCUGCAUUGUAACCAACAUAUCUAACUGAUAUAAUACUCUCUUUUUAUUACACACAAAUCCAAUCACCACAUCUACGUGUAGCUGUAUAGUCCCUCUUUUACCUUUUGCCUCAUUGUAACCCCUCGAAAAAUUGCACUAAUUUUGCCAUCAGACUCUCCUGCGCUCUCGUAAAAGACCUUUGAGCUGGGAGCCGCCUCUCUGUUGUUUCUUAGUGACGGCUGCAGAUUAAACCGUCGGCCUCUGCGGCCCGAUGAAGCGAAACGCCAGGGAGACGGUGCGUUCAGGGUUUGAGGUGUUUGAGGAGUUUGCAGGAGGUGUUCUGAGUGUCUUUUGUUGUUUAUUUGCUAAGUUGUUGUAAUUUUGUUGUUUAAAACCCCCUCAAGAUACAUUUAAAGUCCUUGUUUUCACUUCCAGGGCCUGUUGCCAUCAGCGCCACCAUGUCCUGUAUUCACCACACAGGCAGCGUCUUUGUCUUUAAAUUCUCCAAAGUGAUUCGGCAGGAGGCUGCUUUUUACAUGACGAUUGCAGUGCAAACCGCUGGUAGCUGUAAUCUGAUGAAAGAUGCCUUUUAAAAGCAGGCCUUCUCCGAGUUACGGCCAGAGCAUUUAAGAUUUUUACACGUGGAGUUCUCACAACAGCAAGUCUUGUAUUGGAAUAAAUCCGCUCUAAUUGAAAUUUAUCAAGGAGCAUUUGCAUUAUAUUACAGUAACGUCCCGUGGCCGCACUCUGGCAUUCAAUUCAUACACAACAUGUGACCUACAGCAGGUCGUCAGUGUUUUUCAUACUGCAUGUUCUGCUGCAAGUCAGUGCGGCUGGAUUGAAAUCUACAGUUAAAUCGGGUCAUUCAGUUCAUGAAUGUUCCACAUUUUUGCCCUCAGAGUAAAUGACUACAAUUCGAUGCAGCAGAACUCUUUGUGCAACAAUGUUUGGCUCACUUUUGACAUUUUUAUUUCCACUCUUCUCUGCCCUGCAACUCCCGCUUGAUGCAUUGCAAAGCCGAAAUCUUUAUUGUUGCACCACGUCGCUCUCUAGAAAAUGUUUUGAGGGCAUUAAUGUUGACGCACACGAGCGGCCUUCUUCCACGUGAGAUUCUAACGGUUGUUUGCUGUCUUGUCUGGAAAUGAUAAAUCCUCUGCGCGGUAUGCGGAUUACGCAACUUCAGCAAAUCGUCUGCAGGCGGGCACAUAUGUACGCGGCAGCCGUGCAGCGUGGCGUUCAGGCCCUGAUGUGAGUUAAUACCUAACUGUCUUAUCUCUGCACAUUAACCGAUUUUUGGCAUUCGUAAAGUUACGUAACAAUUAAAUCAAAAGUGGAUUUUUUUUAUUUUUUUUUGGCUCAUCAUGGGUUGUGUGGUGACUGAGCACAAGGGAUACUGGGAAAUGCCGUAGUUAAAAUGGUUAAAUUGUAAUUUCCCUCAAGAAUAAUCAGAUUCUCAAAUGUGCAGCAGUGUAUUUAUAAGUUUAACUGACUUUGUACUGGUUUUACAGCCUCUUCUCGUCACCGUAUCACCGUUAAUAACUGCUGUAAAGUUUUUCAUGCUCCAAGAAAUAAAAAAAAGCAGCUUUAGUACUAACACGGA